AAAGUAUUCAAUGGAUUUAUCUAGUGAGUCUUGCAGACCUGGUGACUGAGUUGAGUACACUGUGCAACUACGAUAUAAAUACAGAACUAAAAUCUUGGUGCAGUUGAAUAAACUGUUGUAAACGUUUGUAGUAUCAUACUUAUCGAUGAUCACUCAUCACGUUUUCAAGUCUUUAGUACAUAUCUUUUGAAAUGUUAAAAUUUUUUAUUAGAACGGACAAUUAACUACUGGGAAACAAGAACUUGCCAAUUAUUGAGACAUAAUUGAUGCACACAAUGAAAGUUUAGUUCAACCAACUUAAUAAUACAAAACGUCAAUUCAUAAACGCCGUGAGCACCAUAUAAAAAAAUCAUUACAAAACUUAUUUUAAAUCAAGUACGCAAAAUUCUUGAAGUGAAUACUAACUUCAAAACUAAUACAUUUUUGGAAAAAGGUAUUCAAACUAAUUGAAAAAAAAUUGUCAUAAAAACUGUCAAACAAAAAAAAAGAUAGUAAAUAAGCUUUAAAAUUUCUGAGCUUAAAAGUUACACAAAUUAUUGUGGGCCAGCUCUAUCACACAGCACCAUUCCGUUUUCCACUUUCCGUCAGUCUUUUACAACUAAUGUCAACUACUUGAAACGAAGAUUUUCGUCGGGAGAUUUAAGCUCCGAGUUAGAUGAUGAGGUGGAUCAGGAACCAAGGAUGGUCACCAUGGUUCACCAAGAUUCUUCUCAGCCUUAUCAAGCUAUUUCAGAUCGACCAUUACAAUCACAACCAGCAGCACCACCACCACCAACUCAAGUGCCUAUACCAGGAGCUCCUCUGACAAGUGUCGUCACGUCUAGUGAUUUGAGUCUCAACUUGAGGUCAGGGUCAAGGACCACAAGCGCACCAUCAUCACCCGCUAAAACUAGAGAAAGUCUUUUGCAGCGAGUUCAGAGUCUUACUGGUGCAGCUCGUGAUCAGGGCGCUUCUAUUCUUGGUGCUGCUGUUGGUGGUACUAAUCGCAUUCCACCAUACAAUAAAGAUCGUUGCUUCACUCUACUGGUCAUAGAUGAUCAAAAUACUGAUUGGAGCAAAUAUUUCCGGGGCCGAAGACUUCAUGGUGAAUACGAAAUACGAGUUGAACAAGCUGAAUUUCGAGAGUUGUCACUGACUGCCUGUGAAAGUGGUGCAACAGUCUCUGUCGCAAUUUUACGAAACGGAACCAAAGUUAUCAGAUCGUUUAAACCUGAUUUCGUCUUGAUCCGGCAAAAUCUUUGUGAUGCAAAUGAAAACUACAAAAAUCUUCUUCUAGGUUUCAUGUAUGGAAACAUUCCCAGUGUCAAUAAUUUAUCGGCUAUUUACAACUUUCAGGAUAAGCCGUGGGUGUUUGCACACUUGCUGGGAAUAAGUCAUCGGCUUGGAAAAGAGAACUUUCCUCUUAUUGAUCAAACAUAUUAUCCAGCUCAUAAAGAAAUGAUAUCAGCACCGCGAUAUCCGACAGUCGUGAAACUUGGACAUGCGCAUGGUGGCGUUGGUAAAGCUCGAGCUGAAAAUAUACAAGAAUUUAACGAUCUUGCUUCACUUGCAGCAUUAACUUCAUGCUACUCGACUGCUGAACCAUAUAUUGAUGCUAAAUAUGAUGUCCAUAUACAGAAAAUUGCUAAUAACUACAAGGCAUUCAUGCGUAAAAGCAUUAGUGGUAAUUGGAAGUCAAAUACUGGUUCAGCAAUGCUUGAACAAUUGGCUGUUACAGAAAGACACAGGUUAUGGAUAGACAAUGUGUCCCAAUUAUUCGGUGGACUUGACAUCUGUGCGAUUGAGCUUCUUGUUGCAAAGGAUGGUCGUGAAUAUAUCAUUGAAUUGAAUGACAGUGCUUUGCCACUGAUGGGUGAUUCACAAGAAGAAGAUCGACGUAAUAUUGCAGACCUUGUUACAGCGAAAAUGCAGGCAUUCUGCAAAAUUCCUAGUGCAAUGACAAAAACUAUAUCACGAGGAUCAAUGUCUGGUCUAAAUCUGUUAUCAAGUCCAAGUGAAGAACGAGCCAUACAACUUGGUCCUCCAGCUGGUACAGCCCCGGUUUUGACGCAUCAUGGAACCAAACCAUUAACCACGACCGUUGGAACAUCUGGUCCGAUAACAAGCAACGUCAAUGAUGUUUCUUCAUCGGAUGGGCAUCAACAGCUCCAAAGACGAGAUUCACAUGCUACACAACCAAGCAGCAUAAAUGCAGCACCACUACCACUACGUCGUUCUGAAGAGCCACCACCAUUACCACCAUCCCGUAUAUUAUUAAGUCGUCAAACAAGCCAAUCGUCACAACAUUCAUCGAUAUCAACGACAGCAACAAUGAUUCCGAGUGAAGAUUCUGAAGACACAAUGAAGAAUCUUCGAAAAACCUUUGCAGGGAUAUUCGGUGAAAUGUAAAAGAAUGGAUAACGUAUCAUAAUUGUUAUCACGAACAAUAAAAGGGCAAUAAGAAAUUAUCUAUUACUUCUAUCAAAAAAUAUAUAAUACAUAUAUAAUAUAUACAGUUCAAUUUAUUAUUAUUUAGAUUCAAUAGGUAUCAUUGCAACAGUAGUUUUUUAGAACGCUCUUAUUACAUGAUGACAUUUAUCAGCAUUAUUAAAAUAAUUAAAUUCAGACUAUAAAUUUGAAGAAUUCAACCCUAUCUAUCAUUAUUGACAUAGUUGUUCUUACGUAAGCUUUUGAUAUUUGUAACUAAUAAAUUCAUAUGCUCAAUAAUUUCAACGAUCUCCAUUUGUUUCACUACAUAGAAAUUAUCAUGUGUUACUGUUACCCAUCCAUGAUACACUAACACUGGCAUAAACAUUGUAUGGUGAAAAAUAGUAUAAUGUGUAACAAGGGCGCAAUGUGAGUGAUUCUCUCUUGCACUCAGCACAGCACAGAUGAUGCAAGAGAGAAUCACGCACAUGGUGCUUGCGUAACACAUACUAUUUUUUUGCCAAGCGAGCGGGAAACAACAGUUUGUCGCCAAGAAUUUGUUAGGCUACAAUCUCAUACUUUGCGCCACAAAUUCGUGGCGACAAACGAGUAUUUUCCGCCCACUUGGCCAAAAAAAAAAAUUUCUACGCUGAUGCUCGAUGUCACUAUAGCGAAUUUCGCUAUAAAGAAAUUAUACUGUAACGAGUAUCAAGUGAAAUAUAAACUUAUAUACAACAUUAUAAUGAACUUUUUUUUUAAUAAUAAAGAAUAUUAUAUACAUUAUUAUAAGGGUUGAAUUCGCGUCAAAACAUUUUAGAAUGCCGUUAUUUUUUCUUUUUCCGUUUUUGUCACUCAGGAACAAUUGAAAAUUUGUUAUUUUCCUAUCUUUCGUAACUUUUUAUUCUUUUCUGUAUAGAUCUUACUCUUGAAUACUCAUAGCUUAUUCUAUGUAGGCUUAUAGUGUAUCAAAGGCUAUUUUCUAUAUUUGAUGAAAUACAAUACUAAAGAUAGCUAAAAACAGAGUAAUCUUUUACUCAAUUAUUGUAGGUUCCAAUUCAUCUAAUUGUUACGUUUUCUGAUGCAAUUGUUCUAUCUUAUUUGAUGUCGUUAUUAGAUCAGUUAUAUUCCAUGAAUUACGUGAUUCGUCUCGUCUCCUAUUCACGGUUGACACCUCUUCGAUGUUUAAUCUCAGAAGCAGUUCUGAUCUCAAUUAAAUCUAGAAGAGGUAGAUAAAUUGUAUCCUGUGUUUAUGAAUACUUAUUUAGUAAUUACAGCAGCAGGUUUAGCUUGUCUGUAUGAAAAUAAUGUUUUCUUAUGAAUGUGCUCCCAUUAGAAAAUAAUUUUAUAAUUUUUUAUCUUAUUCUAGACUCAAGUGAGCACUUUCCCAAAUCAAAAUACUGUCGUGAAUGAUAAAGAUAAAAAAUAUACUUAUAGAUGACAACAGAAAUCAAAAUACAAGAGAGUUUAUCCUAUCAUGUCCAUGAUUAUUGAAAUUUAAUGAUGAAAGUCCAUCAGUAUCAUCUUUUAACACAGCUUGAAGUCCACCAAUAAAUGUAUGUUUAAUAUCUUUACUAUAGUUAACCUUGAAAAAAAAUUUAUGAAAUAGAAUUCGUUGAAAUAUUUAUUGCUUGUGAAAAAAAUUGAAUAUGUACUCGCAGCAUUGUUAACAACAUAUUUGAUUAUAAUAAAUGUUAUGACUAUAAAAUUA